GUUCCCUGUCGAUUAUUAACUUCUACCGGAAACCAGAAUGUUAUUGGGCGUACCCAGUCAUUUCCUUGAACGAACGUGUUGGAAGCCUACUUUUUCAUUGAACAGAAAUUCGUGUUGACUGACCAGAGUCCGCGAAUUUCACGUCAUACGGUGACAUACAAGUGCAAUCGCCAUGACUGAGAAGCACACUUUUGGCGGUGAACCCAUCAGCUGUUAUUCAUUCAGCAAGGAUAGGAAUGGACUGGCAUUGUCUCUGAAUGACAACAAUGUGAACGUGUACAAAAAGCAGGGCGACUCUUGGACCGAGACUGGCUGUCUCACAGAACAUGGGCAGCGAGUCACAAGCAUUGACUGGGCUCCUAAAGCCAAUGUGCUUGUCACAUGUGGAGCUGAUCGUAAUGCCUACGUAUGGGAACUGAAGGGCGGGGAUUGGGUGCCACACCUGGUCAUCCUGAGGAUCAACAGGGCUGCAACCUUUGUUCGCUGGUCACCAGAUGAGAACAAGUUUGCAGUGGGGAGUGGAGCCAGGCUCAUCUCGAUCUGCUACUUUGAGAAAGAGAACAACUGGUGGGUGAGCAAGCACAUCAAGAAGCCUAUCAAGUCCACUAUCACCAGUUUGGACUGGCAUCCCAACAACAUCCUGAUUGCUGCGGGGUCCACUGACUUCAAAGCCAGGGUGUUUUCUGCCUAUGUGAAGGAAGUCGAGCCGAAACCCUCAUCCACUAACUGGGGCAGUAAGAUGACUUUUGGAAAUAUGAUGGCAGAGUUCUCAACUGGCGGAGGUGGUUGGGUGCACUCUGUGUCAUUCUCUGCGUCUGGUGAGAAGUUGGCCUGGGUGGGGCAUGACUCCAGUAUUGGCAUUGUGGAUGCUGCAAACGGCCAGAAGUUGUCAGUGGUCAAGGGGAAGGACCUGCCUUUCUAUGGCAUCACCUGGAUAACAGAGAACAGCCUCGUUGCCGUGGGUUUCGACUGCUGCCCCAAAAUCUUCACACAGAAGCCCAACGGAAACAUCGAGUUUGUGCAUGACCUUGACAUUCCCAAGGGCGCUGAUGAUAGCAAGAUGACAGCUAUGAGUCGUUUCAAGAAUCUUGACAAGCGUGGAGCAGCAGGGGCGGAGGCCACUACAGUGCUGAAGACUCAGCAUCAGAACACCAUCAUGCAGGUGUCAGAGUACAGUGGGGGGAAGGCCAACUGCAGCAAGAUAGCAACCUCCGGCGUGGAUGGUCAGCUCAUCAUUUGGGACAUCAAGAGUCUGGAGCGAUCCUUGGCCGGUCUGAAGAUUGCGUAACACCUCAACCAGCGUCUUUCAACAGUCACAGUGUAUGCAGUGACAUCUAUUAGCUGAUCUUCUAAUGUUGUACAAAUUGUAUAACCAAUGACCUUAGCAGUGUAACCAUAACUCUUCACUCCUGCAUGCAUGUGAACUGAGGUUUUCAAAUAUGAAAUCAAUCAAAAUUGGCUUUAAAAAUAACUAGAGGACUGUUUAUUUUUGUGAUAUUGCUUACAAUAAAGGCAAGAUGUAAUCCAAUUACUUUCUAAUUGGGAUGGUCAUUUUAGUGAGACUUCCAACACCUUUGCAGGACAUUCAACUUGCCAUUAUUAUGAAAUGUACUUUGUUGCAAUAUUUGACUGAACAACUACAUAUAUUAAAUCAUCUUCAUCAUUUACUGGUAUGCUUUUUUCUAUUUCGCAAACCAGUUUGUGAUCACUUAUGUAAUCAAUUUCUAUUCAAUAAACAAAGAUGUUAAGCUGUCAA